AUGUCGGUGGCGGACUACUGCAGCAAGAUCAAGCGCCUAGCCGACAUGCUGCGCGACGUUGGUUCCCCCCUCACCGAUCAAGAAAUGGUGAUCUGCCUCCUCAGUGGCCUCAGCGACAAGCUCGCCCAUUGUGCUCCGACGAUCUCGGCGUCCAAGCCCCCCAUGCGCUUCAGCGAGGCGCGCUCCUUCCUCCAGCAGGAGGAGGUCUGGAUCGCCGAUUGUGCACAAAAGGCGACCUCCACCGCCUUGCUCUCCGUGUCCCAGAACAAUUCUGCUCCGAGCGCCGCUCCCUCCAGUGGAUCUUCCACGCCACCUACCACCGGCAGCUCCAGCGAGCGUCCCCGCAAGCGCAAGAAACAGCCCCGGCGCUCUGGUGAUAACUCCGGCGGCUAG